GUCUGCACACCUGCUCAAUUUCCUGGAUUACUAAAAGUUUAUUUUUGUAUUUAUUCUGUUUUUCCCUGGUCCUGCAGGAUUUAGGAAAUCAUUGGACAGCACCUGAGAUUUGUACUCCGGAUGCAACACCAUGAAGUCGUGGAGACUGGGAUUGAUGUUCCUCAUCCUGCCCUGUGUGCACGGACGUGAGGAGGAUAUCCGAGCCGGGUGCAGCACGGCGGCGAUCGACCUGGUGUACAUCAUGGACGGCUCGUCCAGCGUGGGCGCGCCGGACUUCGCGGCGGCGAAGCGCUGGCUGGUGAACGUGACGGCGGGGCUGGGCGUGGGGCCGCGACGCGCCCGGGUGGGCGUGGUGCAGUACAGCGACACGCCGCGGCUGGAGGUCCCGCUGGGGCGGCACGGCAGCGCGGCGGAGCUGGUGCGGGCCAUCCACGCCGUGGCGCACCUGGGCGGCAGCACGCGGACGGGCCGGGCCAUCCGCUUCGCCGUGGAGCACGUGUUCCCCGCCCCGCCCGGGGCCCGGAGGCGCGCGGCCGUGGUGGUGACGGACGGCCGCUCGCAGGACGACGUGGUGGACGCCGCCCUGGAGGCCCGCUCCCAGAACAUCGUGCUCUUCGCCGUGGGCGUGGGCCGGGAGGUAACCUCCUCCGAGCUGGAGUCCAUGGCCAGCAGGCCGGCCUCCGCCCACGUGCUGCACGCCGAGGACUACACCACCAUCCACCGCAUCCGGGACGCCAUGGAGCAGAAGCUGUGCGAGGAAUCUGUUUGCCCCUUGUGGAUUCCCAUGGGAUCCCGGGAUGAGAAGGGAUUCGACCUGAUCCUGGCGAUGGAGAUUCCCGGAAAGGCCCAGAAGGUCCAGGGCUCUCUCGUGUCAGAGGCAGCGUACCUCUUCAGUCCUGGGAUGGACGUCACCAUGGACACCAGAAUCAUCUUCCCCGAGGGCCUCCCGCCCGCCUACGUGUUUGUGGCGACGCUGCGACUGAGGGCGCCGGCCAAUCGGGGCCGGCUGCACCUCCUCAGGGUCCUGAGCGAGGCCGGGUUCGCCCAGGUCGCCGUGACGCUGAGCGGGGACGACCGCUCCGUCACGUUCACGACCACCAGCGUCCACGAGGAGGAGCAGUCCGUCAUCUUCAACGACCGCGGGAUAAAGAGGCUGUUUGACGAGGACUGGCACCAGCUGAAGCUGCUGGUGAAGCCCAGGCGUGUCACCUGCUUCCUGGACGGAGUGCAGAUCGAGGAGCAGCUCCUGGAGCGGACGGUGCCCAUCUACAUCAACGGCCAGACGCAGGUCGCCACGGAUACCCGGGCGGGGACGACGGUGGCUAUUGAGAUUCAGAAGCUGAGGCUUUACUGUGACCCCCAGCAGAGUGAGAGAGAGACCGCGUGUGAAAUCUACUCUGUGCAUGAUGACAGGUGUCCCCUCGACCGCUCCCUGGGCACGGGGGAAUGCCACUGUCCAAUAGGGAGCCCCGGACCGCCCGGCCUCCCUGGACCAAUGGGUGACGCAGGACAGCCAGGGACCAAGGGGCAGUCUGGCCAGAGGGGGUCCAAAGGGGACCGCGGGGAACGGGGCGUGCCAGGGCGAGCCGGACCUCCUGGCCCCACGGGAAGUCAAGGUGAUCCUGGAAUGCCUGGAUCUCCUGGGCAACCUGGAGCACGGGGAGUGCCUGGGACACUGGGGGAUGAUGGGCCAGCUGGACCAAUGGGAGCAAAGGGUGAUCGAGGAGAACCUGGGCUUCCUGGGGUUGACGGACAGUCAGGAGUUCCGGGGAUCCGUGGCCUACCUGGACAGAUGGGACCGGUGGGCUCUCAGGGAGAGAGAGGCCUGCCUGGAAUGAUGGGUUUGACUGGACCCAAAGGACCACAGGGACUUCACGGUCCUAGUGGUGCGCCUGGAUUGGACGGGCCACAGGGACCAAAGGGUAACUCUGGAGAGAAAGGACCAGCGGGCAUUCCUGGGCAGCCUGGACUAGGGGGGAACGAGGGUCCUCCGGGACCACGCGGACUUCCGGGACCCAUGGGAAUGCCGGGAUUUAAAGGACACAAAGGUGAAUUAGGACCACAAGGACCUAAAGGAAAUCAGGGAGAGAGAGGUGCGAACGGAACACCUGGGCGUCACGGCACUCCUGGGGAACCUGGACUUAGGGGAGGCAAAGGAGAGAAAGGUGUGGUGGGAGACCCUGGAGUCAGAGGGGCUGAUGGGAAGAAAGGAGACGCGGGAUUUCUCGGAGCGGUCGGGUCGCCGGGCUCUCCUGGCCGAGAUGGGUUACCGGGGCAACCGGGCGUUCCCGGGUAUCCGGGGAAACCGGGAAAACCCCCCACAGACGAACACUUACUGAAGCUCUGCUCCACGGUACUACAGAACCAGUUGCCCGAGCUCCUACGAGCCAUGGCCCCGAGAGGCUGUCGGCACUGUGAGACGAAACCAGGGCCCGCAGGGGAACCGGGCCCCCCAGGCCCCACGGGGCCCCCCGGCCCUGUCGGAUACCCCGGCACCACUGGCUCACGGGGGUACCCCGGCCCCCCAGGCAGACAAGGGCUCCAGGGCAUCAAAGGUGAGAUGGGCCCAACGGGAGUGAAAGGGUCAAAGGGCGAAGGGGACACGGGGUCACCCGGUCUGCCCGGUCCUACAGGCAUUCCUGGACCCCCAGGGACCGAUGGUGUGGGACAUCGCGGGCCGCCGGGAAUUCCGGGCCAGUCGGGAAUUCCUGGCGUUCCGGGGAAGCGUGGACCGGCCGGGCCGGCAGGAGUGUGCGACGUCUCCUCGUGCUAUCAGGCCUACGGCUACAGGCACGACCGCUUCAGCAAAGGGCCCAACUCCUAGUGCUGCUGGGAAAUGUAGUCCAGUCCAGUGGGAGUGGACGUGACUACUAUUGGGCCGCCGUUUCAAGCAAACACGGAAAGGGGAACUCUGUGAUCGGCCCCUCCCUACUGGUGCUGUCAGCUUUUAACGAAAACCAGUCUGAAAGAGGCCAGUGUGAUGAGCUGUGAAACAUUGCAAGACUUGUUUUAUCCUGUGAUGGCCAACUUUCAUUGGGUUGUCGAACCACAGUAGUUCAAACAUGGUCAGUAUAUUGACAAAACAAAGUGCACUGCCUUAGCUAAGCUGCCUUAGCUAAGCUACCUUGCAAGGCAAAGUCAGAGUAAAUCUUUGUAAUUUCUAUCUUCCAGAUGGUUUACAUUUAUAAAUGUUAUUAUUUUUUUUUAUCAUUCAUGUUCUACUAUCAAUGCAAGGGAGUGUAUACAUUAUUUGUUUUGCCUCUGUCCCUAUAUGCUGUAAGAUCUGCGUUAAAAUGUAGGUUUGUUACAGUGUUUACAGCAGUACAAUUUUGUAAAUAUAAGAUACACCUCUUUGGGAAGCAUCUUCGUGUCUGGCAUAGCGUCUCAAAUGAUUGAGCGCAAAGUUGUUUCCAAUUAUAAUGUACUGCUGCCCGAAAGCCAUGACUUUUUUUCUUUCAUUCUUUAUGGCUGGUGUACCUCUAACUGUCUGGCCUUUGAGUGGGACGAGUCAUUUAAUCUCAAGAUGAAAUCCUGAAGCAGCUUUGUAAA